AGCAGCUGCAGGAGUAAAGUUUUUGGGCACACCUAGAGAGUCAGGAGCCCCACAGCCCAGCGAGAGAGGACUGCAGGAAAGUGGUCCACACACCCGGCGCCUGGAUAUCCUUGAGGGAAGGUUGCUUCUAGGAACAGCAUCUCAAAGACCCGAGGCCUAUUGGCGCAGUCCUGGCUUCUCAGCAUAGAUAUCUAUACCAGGGCCGGAAGUCCUGAGACCUGUGGUCCUCAGUGUCUGAGAAGGCCUGAAAGAGAAGGAAGAGCCACCGAGACUUGCUACACUCUUGACUUAUGGGCCUGGAAAAACAGUGCCCUAAAGGUCAGGAAUCCUGACUGCGACCUCAGCUCACAAGACAGAGUUUGAACUGAAUGCCACCACUUCCCACAUCAGUGUGACCUAGAAAAGCCACAUACCAUCUCCAGGCCUAUCGUUUUGAGAGAAGCAGUGUUGCCUGGAAACAGAACUGAGAACAGUCAUAUUGAGGCUCAUGUAUUUCCUGUGAAAGGACACAAAACGUGAUUGAUUAUUAAGUAUUUACCAAGAAGUGUCUGCUGCUCCACCAGUGACUGGGUGUGCGGGAAGGAUGUCUGCAGAGGACUUCAUCGAAUGACAUCUUCAAUUUCAGCUGGCUAUGUGGGUAUGCAGCUAAAGAUGAAGGAUAUCGGAGAACAGCUGUAUACCACACAAGUGAAUGGUGGACCAAGUUCUUUGACCAUGUCUCCCAAACAGCCUAAUUGUAGUAGAGCAACCCGGCCAGAUAGACAGGAAGCACAAACCCUACUCUACCAAGGUUCAGAGGCAGAGGCUGCCACAAUGACUAUUGCUACUUGUGUACAGUGCAAAAGUGUUCACAAGAUCCCACCUCAAGACUUGAGAAAGGGUCCUGGGCAGAGCCAGAAGGAAGAUGCUUAUGUCUGCUUCAAAUGCAGCCUUCGCACAGUACCUGCCCAGCUGCAUUUUGUGAACAGUAACUCCAGUGCUGUCCAUGUCAGAAAUGAGACGGAAGCCAUCUCUAGUCCUGUAAAUAACAAAUUUAAGGUUAGGAACUUCAAGCCAGGCAAAUACUACUGUGAUAAGUGUCGGUUCUCCACCAAGGACCCGCUGCAAUACAGAAAACACACAAUGCAGCAUGAGGAGAUCAAGUUCAUCUGUUCUCACUGCAGCUACAUCUCAUACACGAAAGGAGAGUUUCAGAGGCACCUGGUGAAGCACACGGGUAUCUUCCCUUACCGAUGUGAGUACUGCGAGUACGGUGCUAUCCGCAAUGACUACAUUGUCAAGCACAGGAGGAGGGUCCAUGAGAGGGCUGGUGCCAAACGACCACUCAAAACUGUUGCCAAGCUGGAGCCCAAGAGAGCAACCAACAUUUCAAAGCAGAGCAUGGAACUCUCAAAGGCCCCCAGUCCCAGGGCUACCUUCCAAAACAAGUUAUCAGACCAGCUAUCUCGAUUCUCUCUCCACACAAACAAAGACAAGACACACAGUUUGAUGUUGUUACCCGAGCUCAAGAAGUACCAAAAAGAUGUAGUGUGUAUUCCCAACAAAAUGGCCCUGUCUGAAUCGAGCGAGGUGAGCCUGUUGGGGCAUAAGAAUGUUGAGGUGGAGGUGCUGUCCCCCUCAAAAGAGCCUGUGCAGCCAGGUAUGCCGCUGACUGUCGUGGCGCCUUCAGAGCUGGUAGUCCCCACCAACUGCCUAGCCCAAUUGAUCGAUGUGAAGGUUGUCAAUGGCACACAGCAGCUUGUGCUUAAACUGUUUCCGUUAGAAGAAAACUCCCGCCUUGAAACAGGCAGAGAAGACGGAAGCACUUCUGAGUGCACAACGACUGAGAAGGGCUCAGGGGGGCAGAAGAAAAGGCUUUCUCCAGAAGCAGCGAGGUCACUAGCAACGGAAGGGAACACUGCAGAGUUCGUGGGCAUUGACCAUCUGCACUCUUUGGUUCAGAAACAGCUUAAAAAUGUGAAGUGGGUGAAGUCUUGCAAUUUCUUAAUGCCCAAUUCUGGUGUACAUAGUCAUCAAGAAUCUUUUCUCGGUUCUGAUACAGUUAAAGAUUUGCAGAAAACUCACAGCUUAUGUCCACCUAGAGCCCUUCCUUCUGUUGCCUUAAAAGGUCAUUCUCCGGCCUCUGUACAAAGCAGUGUUUCCUGUGGUCCUGGAACCACAGUGAACCCUUUCUUGAGUAAAUCAGCUAUUUCUUUUGCUGAAGAUGGAAGGGGUUCCCGCUCUGACUCCCAGCAGCUCCUUCCCCUCGCCUCACUGCCAGCAAAGGUUUCCUUCUCUGGAGAGAAGGGCUUACUGCCUAUAGGUGAAAAUGACUUAGAAGCUAGGAAUAGGAUUAGUUGUCCUGAAACAAUAGUUUCCACUGACAGGAAGCUGGAAGACAAACGGAUAGAAAACAAAGCAGUGGGAAAUACAGGCCAGCUUUCCUCUGCACAGAAAAAUGAGUACUUACACAAAAGCCUUACCGGGAAAGAGAAACUGAGGUCCCAACAGCCUGGGGAUCAGCCUGUACAGCCGAAGAAUUCUGACAAGACCGGUAACACAUUUGAAGGUCCUGUCAUCUCAUCAGUAUUUUCUCUGAGCUCUGGAUCUGAAAAUGUACCAGAGGGCAUUAAGUGGAAUAGUUCAACAACCAAAAUAAAGUCCAUCGAACUGCUGCGCAGAAAGAUAGCACAGUUAAUUGAAUCUUGUGGCAAGCCUUCCUCUUUGUCCGCCAAUGGUGCUCAGCGACGUUCCAUAGGGCAGGCAUCCAAGCUGACUUCAAAAGCAACUCCCAAGGGUAUUCAGGAAAUGAGUGCGUCUCUUUCUGGCCCUGGCCCUAGUUCUGGCCCUUCUAUAGGCCCUCCCCCAAAACCUCAGAACGAGAGCAGUGUUACUAGCAAUGGGCAGCUUGCUCAACAGCAGGUCUGUCCCAAGUUUGUCAAUGCUGAUGAUGGGAACAUGGAAAGCAGAGUGACCCGAAAGACUCCUGUUGCUACUCCAGUGCUUAUCCCCAAAGGGGCUGUGCUGAGGGUCCUUAACUCUUCUGAAGAUGCUCACAUCAUAGAAGCUACCUAUGACACACCUGUCAGCAUCCCCUGCAGUGAAACCCAGUUAGCAGAACCGCUUCCAUUCUGCCCUAUGGAACAGACUGGCUCGGGCUCCCAACCUUUGACAUGCAGGCGUGGACCAGCAGACAUGUCCCCAAAUCUAGAGACAUCUCUUCGGCCCAAAUCUAAAAGAGAGGACUCUGUCUGCAGUACUACCCUUAAGAAAAUUAUCCCUGUGUACAGCACACAGCUAGGAAACAAUGACUCCAGCAGGCCAGGGAGGCCCAUUUCUAGAAACCUAACCAUAAGCAAGAAUAAAACCAAGCAAGUGAACUCAGCCAAGAAGAAAAGCAAGAUGCAGGCUGAUCCCAUUCGCUCUUUCAAAGACCCUUCCUUCUUUCAAGUUGCAAGGCAGCUGAGACUAAUAGCUGCCAAACCAGAUCAGUUGAUAAAAUGUCCUCGUCGGAACCAACCAGUCAUCGUGUUAAACCACCCUGACGUGGACUCCCCCGAAGUGACCAACGUGAUGAAGGUAAUCAACAAGUACAAAGGCAACGUCCUCAAGGUUGUCCUGUCCGAGAGGACUAGGUGUCAGCUGGGCAUCCGGCGGCACCACAUGCGGCUGACCUACCAGAAUUCAGAAGAAGCAAACCACAUGAAGAGGCAGAUGAUGUUGAAAAUGAAACUGAAAAAGGUGCAUAAAAACAACUACCAAGUGGUGGGCUCCUUGCCAGAGGACCCUGCCCAGUGUGUAUUUAAGUGCUGGUUCUGUGGGCGGCUCUAUGAAGACCAGGAAGAGUGGAUGAGUCACGGCCAGCGGCAUUUGAUAGAGGCUACCAGAGACUGGGAUGUCCUUUCUUCAAAGGGCAAAUGAGCAAAAAUUGAUCUUUGAAGCAAAUUGGUUUUCUUCUAGUUUUCCUAGCUUAGGGUUGCACCCUAAACCCUCAAUUCAGUAGAAGGGGGUUCCUUAUUCCCCAGAGUCACCAUAGGAAGGUUGCGAGCCCCUUACCUGAGCUCUGUGGCUGGACCAAGAGAGGUAGGAGGCCCCGGAAAUUUUGUUUUCUCUUGAAAGGAUAUAAUGCUCUCUGCAGGUUUUCAGUGGAAUCUGAGACCGUUCUUGCUUAGUGUUUAUUUUUCUGAGUAGACACAUCUUUCAUAAUCAGUUUAGAGGGGCAGGUUUAUGAUUGAUAUGCUUCUCAGAUAAGUGCUGCUGGAGAGUUAAGCCUGUGUGCACACAUCCUCUUUGGUUUUGCUUUGACUCUGCCAGAGCAUUUGGUACGUAAAGAAGUUACAUUUCUACUUGAUGGGCCAUUUUAAAUUUGGUUAGAAAAUAUGCUGUACUUGACCCCUUCCACUCCAGGUACUAGCAGUGUUCUGCAGAGCCAUGAGCUUUGCUUUCACUGGUCAUGUGUCAGCAACAGGUUUUAGAAGAAAAAUCAAAAUUUUCAGUAUUUAGUUUUUGUUUGCUUAUUGGUAAUAGUCAGGGAAUGUAUCAUUGGUUUUUUGUUUUGUUAGGUAAAGAAGGAAAGAUAUAUAAAAUUAAGUUUGUUCUUUGCAUUAAUGCUCCACCAAACAUAAAGGGCCAUUUUUAAAUGUGAAGGAGCAGAUCCAUUGAAACAAGCCUCAGCAGUGUCAUUCCAAGUGGGCUUGAAAGCCGGCUGUGAAGGGCCUGUUGUGACGUGACUGGCUUCUCACCUGGGGAUCCGUGCCAAACCCCAAGGGAUGCCACCUCUUGAGUAUAGGGCCAUAGGGCUGUUUCGCCAGGCCAGAGCUGUUCUCCCUUUGUCCCUUUCUAAAUAUGUAGGUCCUGGGGAAGAGCACAGUUGCAGAGUCUGAGACCCAGAACAUUUUUCCUCAUGAACACUAGCAACUGUAGGAGAAGCCCUGUGUCUAUGGAGGCUUUAAGAACACUACCUGUUUUCAGUGCAAGGAACAGGACCACUCCUAGUCUAGCCACAGAUGCUCUCCUCUUGCUCACCUUUGUUGGGAGGACUUCACUAAGAGGUGUCAAGACCCACCAGUCCACAAGGCACCAGUGCACAUUAGGAGAAAGCCUAUCUCCUGCAUGGGUAGGGCCUUCUGGGCAAGAGCAGCUCAGGCAGGGGGCCCAGUCACAGGCCACCCCUCUUGAGGCUGUCCAUCCUUAGGGGUUUAGUGAUGCCAUGAGUGAGACUGGAGGGGGGCUAGAUGUAAAAAUGGUAUGGUGACUUCUAAUCUACUGGGUAAUGAAACUUCCUGACUUUGCCUGUUCAUGUGGCAAGCUUAUCUUCUCACAGUUGGUACUAUACUCCUUUCAAGUUUGUUUUCAUUAUAAAUACUUGGCUUUUCUUAGGUAUAAUUCAAUACCUGAUCAUUUUGUUAAUUGAUAAUUUUAAUUUAAAGUUGCAUUUUAUAUAUGUGUAUAUAUGUGUACACAUAUAAAUAUUUUUUACCAUAUGCAAAUUGCAACAGCUAAUUUUCUGAUUUCCUAUUUUGUAAUGAUACAUGAGCUUGGAAAAUAUAAAGCUUUUAUAUUCUAGAAAUAAUUUAUUUUGAGAGAACAUUUUUACAAUGGUUUCAUUUCAUUUUUAGAAAAUGAAAGCACAGUAAAUAGUUGGACCUGAUUCCUAUGAGCAAACAGGAGUAGACAACCCCUGCAGGUCAUUGUAUUGUGGCAUAUAGUCAUGCUUGGUGCUCGGUGGCUCUGUAAUGCAGAGCAUUCUGAGGUCUGAUCUGUGGUGCAGACUGGUACCCUCCAGCUCAAAUGUUUCGUGUGAUGUGGGAGGAAGGGCUGUGGGAUCCACUCCUUCUCUACCUCACUGCUGCACCAUUUUAUCCCCUGAAUGGCUGGGCCAAGAGCUGCCACAGAUCGGUGUCAACAGAAUAGUUAGACUCUGCAACAGCAGCUGUUUUCAAGUAUUAUCUAAAACAACUAGUAUGUGUGUGGAGCUGGAGUUAGUGAGCAGAAUAUGUAGCAAAUUCUUUGGGGGAUUUUCAGAACUACAAUCCUUAUUGAGGAACUCGAAGGGCUCCUGAAGUCCUCCGAACAGGAAAGGAAGAAGUGACUAACUUUCCAAACACAGAUCUUUAGAAAGCGUGUGGAAGGAUCCUGUUUCUAAUGGAUGGGAGGGAGGAGGACAGAAAUGUGGUACUUUCAUAGUCUUACCUUGACUUUGAAGGGUCUCUAUAGUCACUACAUUUUGUUCAUAGUACUUAUAAAAUUAUUUUAAACUUAUUUUUUAAAGCUAGUUUUUCUUACUUUGGGGGACCAGAAGUGAAAGGAUCUUCUUAUAUUUAUGAUAUAGACAAGUAGAAUUUAAAAAAUUUAAGCCUCUGACUCUCAAUAGAUAUAUUUUAUUCAAAAAUUUUAUCUCCAGCCCAAAACAUUUUGUGAGCCCCCGUCAUGGGACACACACUUUUAAACUAAACUAAACUUGAUAUGUUGACCCUCCAAAGUUCUAUCCCCCUUUAUUAGAAUUUACAUAUGCCACCCGGAAUAUGAAGGUAUAGUGUUUAGCCUUCAGAAUGACUUUUGAAUCUGUGAAUGUCUUUAUGAGCAGAAAACAAAACUGUCUUAACAUGUCAAGCAUUACAGUUCCUGUGUGAACAGUUUGUCUGCUGCUCUGGUUCUGAAACAUGUUUGUAUAUAGAUAGAAAAGUUGACAUCAAUUUUGUUUAAUAAAGCAACUUUUAAGAUCU